UGCCGUUGUGUGGAUACACAUUUUGCGUUUCAGUGUGAGCAACUGGACCAAACAGCAGCGGUGGAUAGGUUGUAGGCGAAGACAGAUUGACGGGAAAUGGGAUCGGCUUGUUAUUUAUCCCAAUUAUUACAAAUAUUGGGAUGCCCAACAUUGUAAUUUGACAAACUCGCUACAUCUUCAGUCUCAGGUGCAAGCUUUUUUUACACAGUAGCAUGUGUUUUUCAAUGCUUUGUUUGGCAUGAGACGGGAAUAGGACUUCUACGGCGGACCGAGGCUGACCACUCACCAUAAAGAAACGCACCUCAAUAUUGGAUACGCGAAGUUUACAGUGAUGUCUUCCGCACGGGUAGAGUACAUCGCACCUUGGUGGACUUACUGGCUACAUAAUUUCCCACACAUCAACCUAAGAUUACAGCCUGUUGACAACAACUUCAACCCAGAAGAUGAGAAUUACCAGCAGUCUCUCAUCUUCCUGGGCUGUGUGGCUGCCGCUGGUCUGGGUCUCAACCUGCUCUGCCUGGCCGUGUACCUGAGCUGCCUGUGCUGCUGCCGCAGGGAGGAAGAGGAGGAGGAGAGCAAGAGGCCGGCCUCCUGCUGCGUCACCUGGUCCGCCGUGGCGGCCGGCCUCAUCAGCUGCGCCGCGGUGGGAGUGGGUUUCUAUGGCAACAGCGAGACCAACGACGGCGUGUACCAGUUGACCUACUCCAUGUACAACGCCAACCACACCCUGGGGGGGGUGGACAGCCUGGUGACAGGCACCAUGGGCGGCAUGCAGAGCGGCCUGCAGCAGCACCUGGCCCGGCUGGACGAGAUCUUCGCCACGCGCGGCGACUACGUCCAGACCCUGCGCUUCAUGCAGCAGAUGGCCGACAACGUCAUCAAGCAGCUGCUGGGCCUGCCAGACUUGGAGCAGGCCAAGGUGGACCUGGCCUCCCUCGCCAGCCAGACCUCCCUGGUCGAGUACUACAGGUGGCUCACCUACCUGCUGCUGCUCAUCCUGGACCUGGUCAUCUGUCUGGCAGCCUGCCUGGGGCUGGCCAAGCAGUCUCGAUGGCUCCUCACCACGAUGAUGGUGUUUGGGGUGCUGACACUGGUCCUCAGCUGGGCGUCUUUGGGAGCGGACCUGGCCAGCGCUGUGGGUACCAGCGACUUCUGCGUGGCCCCAGACAAAUACCUCAUGAACCAGACCAGGGGCCUCAUCGGCCCUGAUAUUGUUCACUACUACCUGUACUGCAGCCAGACUCUGCCCAACCCCUUCCAGCAGUCCCUGACCGUCUUCCAGAGGUCGCUGACCACCAUGCAGAUCCAGAUCCAGGGCCUGCUGCAGUUCGCGGUCCCUCUCUUCCCCACCGCAGAGAGGGACCUGCUGGGCAUCCAGCACCUGCUGAACUCCUCCGAGACCGGCCUGCACCAGCUGACCGCCCUGCUGGACUGCAGAGGACUCAACAAGGACUACCUGGAUGCGUUGGUGGGUGUGUGUUAUGAUGGGGUGGAGGGUCUGCUGUACCUCUGCGUCUUCUCCAUCCUGGCAGCUGUAGCCUUCUCUGUCAUGCUGUGUGCCAUCCCCCGGGCAUGGAGGCAGAUCGCCAGCAGGGAGCGAGACUACGACGACAUCGACGAGGAGGACCCCUUCAACCCCCAGAGCCGGAGGGUGGCCCCCAACCCCAACCACACCAACCUGCACAGCUUCUGCAGCUACAGCAGCAGCAUGGGGAGCCAGAGCAGCCUCCACCCUCCGGCCCAGGCCCCGGCCGUGUCCAACGCCCCCGUCUCCGAGUACAUGAACCAGACGGCGCUCUUUGGAGGGAACCCGCGCUACGAAAACGUUCCUCUGAUCGGCCGAGGCUCUCCACCCCCCUCGUACUCUCCCAGCAUGAGAGCCACCUACCUGUCCAUGACGGAGGACCAGAUAAGACACUUUGGGAACGACUUCCAGGCGUAGGACCUGCUUCUUCUUCUUGUUUUUUUGUGUUUUUUUCUCGGAAAGGGACUCUGGAACCAGGUGUGACACACACACACACACAACUUUGAUGCAUAUGUGUGACUGUGGUUGUAGCACACACACACACAGCCUCUUGUCCAUUCUGCGAGACUGUGGGAUGAGGGCUGGGGCAGACUCCAUAUUUUCAUUCCAAACUGUCAGAGCGGCUUUUGUCUGUGACCAUGACAACAGACCCACAGCAACGCAACCAUCAGUGCAACUAUUUGUUGUGUUCGAACAGGUACUCUCUCCUCUUUUCUCCCAAGCUACAGCAGAGGUAUCGUUAAAUCGUUGUACUACUACUACCGGGAUAGUUAUAGCUUCAGAUUCAAUCACUGUUUAGUCUUCCUCCCUGCUUAUAAACUGAUACCAUAGAUAGCAUAUUCAAUUACAAUUGACCUUAUACUUAAUGACUUUAUUUAAGUAAUGUCAUUCAAAAUGUAUAAUUUUCACAUGAAUUGGGUCUUACUUUUCAAUGUCUGAAGUUGCACUGGAAAUUUGUGUUUAUGCGAGAAGAUGGGAUUCAGUGGGUCAGUAUUCAACUAGGUGAGACGACUACUUAAACGAAACAAACAAAAAUGCUUUAUUGUGACAAAUGGUUCUGAUACUACUGAUACCCAUCAUUCGUGUCUGUCUAUAUUGAGGUGAAACGUGUAAAACAUGGACGCAUGUUGCCGUGCCUAUAACAACCCCUAAUUCUCUAAACCAGAUUGUUUCUACUCGAUUCUCUUAGUUAGUCUUCCUAUUAGAAAUGUCUAUUAUCGUUUUCUUGCUGAAAGAGAUUCUCUUCCGACGCUUGUUCACAACCUUGGUAAAGAACACUUGGACACUGGACUGGGCUUGUUAAGUCUUUGGAACGGUUUGUGCGUACGAUGAUACUCCGAUCUUGGUAACAGACGGGACUGAAGAGGAAAAGGAAAAUAUGUAUUUGAUGAUCCCCAGAAUGCAGUACAGGUUCAUAUCUUCCCUUCAUGCUUGGAGCUUUCUGCAUGAUAAUCCCUUGGACCUCUUUUCCAAGGAUUUGUCAGAGCACCAUUCCAUGUUAAGACCCCCAUAUGUUCUCAGAAUUCACACUUGCGUCCACACACACACACACACACACUCACACACACACACACACGUGCUUAUCAUAUCUCUGAUAUCCAUCAGUCUCUGUUUCUUUCCCAUGAUAAACGUUCUACACCGUUGGCAGCAUGGACAAGGUUAGCGUCACCGCAUCAGUUAGAGUGCUUAGGAAUGGUUUUACAAGGGUAAAAACGAUAUAUGCUAAAUAUUUCAAAACAACAUGACUUCUGUAAAUAUCUUGUACUAUAACAGAUGGUGGUCUUUUUUUUGUAGCAUUUUAUUUCUCUUAUACAUUUUAGAGUUGUCUGAAUGUGCCACAGGUUGUUUGAUCUCAAUAGCUUGUUUUAUACCAAUAAAGCCCUUACGGAGUCUUGCUCUGUUUCAAGAGAUCCUUUUCAUUUUCAGAGGUCAUUGUUCAAAGAUGGCAUUCCGUUGUAUGCAUAUUUAAAUAUCAUAUCGUCAUCAUUUUUGGUCGUCACUUGUGCUGCUGAAAGCGUUCACAGUGAAAUCAAUUGGUUCACAAAUCAAUCCAUUGUAACUUACUAAUGAUAAUUGACUUCCGUUUUGAACAGACUGUUUUCUUAUAUUGUCAAAUAAUCUUUUAAUUAUGUAGGUUUCUUGUAAUAUGUUGUGUUUUCUCCAGAUUGGGUGCAUGUGAAGCACCGUCAAUCUUUGAGAGAGGUGCUUUAUUUGUACGUAACUGUGAGUUGAUAAUAA